GAGAGAAGAAAGGAAAGGAGUCGGCAGCCAAAUGGGUGAUCAGAUCGUCUUCUUCGACGUGGAGACCACAACGCCGGCCAGAGCUGGGCGAAAGUUCUGGUUGUUGGAGUUUGGAGCCAUCCUAGUUUGUCCUCGGAAGCUUGCGGAGGUGGACAGCUACUGCACCCUUAUCAGACCGGGGGACUUGUCGAUGGUGUCACCGAAAAGAUUCAGUGGCAUUACCCGAGAGGCUGUUGCCGCCGCUCCGAUGUUCGAGGAGGUCGCCGACCGGAUCUUCGAGAUUUUGAAUGGGAGAGUGUGGGCUGGACAUAAUAUUCAAAGGUUUGACUGUCCUAGGAUCAGGGAAGCCUUUGCGGAUAUUGGUCGGCCUGCUCCGGAGCCUAUCGGAAUGAUCGAUUCUUUAGCUGUCUUAAAUCGUGGAUUUGGCAAGCGAGCAGGUGAUCUCAAGAUGGCAACCUUGGCUUCGUACUUUGGGCUUGGUCAGCAAAAGCACAGAAGUCUUGAUGAUGUUCGUAUGAAUCUAGAGGUCCUCAAGCAUUGUGCCACCGUAUUGCUCUUGGAAUCCAGCCUUCCACAAAUAUUGCCUCACAGAGAUACAGGAAGUCUAGAGAUGGUAACAAGAAGCAGAGCUAAUGGGAGGUCUUGUGGGGAAGAGGCCAGCAGAAAAUCUCCUCCCACAUCUCUUGGAAACCAUAGAGCAGUUCCAUACAAAAAGGGUAAGCUUGGAAAGGUGAUGGAGCGAGCGAAGGAUGCGUUGCAUGGUGCUCAAAGGACAAGGCCUCUGAACACUUUGCUUAAACAUUCACGCUUGCUGUUGAGAUGAGAAGCAAAUAGGAAGCCUAGAAGAAAUUGAUCAAUUUAGACUACAAGCUGAUGGAGGAAAGAGUUCCAACGGACACCCACAAAGAUGUUGAUUGUGAAAUUCUUUUUUCCCAUAUUCUUUAUAUAGGAAUAAGAAUAUAUAUUCAACUAAAAUUGCUGUAUGGAUAAGAUGACGUGAUUUCAGAAAAU